AUGGGUACCCGCUGUGGCAGGUCACCCGCCACCGCCGCUCCGCCGCCGGCGAGGGCGACGUACGUGAACCUGUACAGGUGGCCGGAGUCGGACGCCGAGUUCGUCAAGUCCGUCGGCAACGGCGGCGGCGCUCCGCCGCGGAGGGCGGCGCUGCGCCACCAACCACCGGUGGUGGACGGGUACUCGUGCCGGCAGAUGUACCUGCGGAGCUACACCUUCUCCAAGAGGGAAACCCUGCCGGAGCGGGCCAGGAAGCGCCUCGUCAAGAUGAAGGAGAGGGUCGCCGGCGCCGCCGUUUCCGCCACCUGCGGCUUCGCGGGCCGCCGUAAGAAGGCGGAGAAGAAGUGCCCCCCGGUCGUCUCCGCUGCCCUGAACUCCAUCUCCCGCCGGCUCCUCUCCUGCACCGCCAGCCUCAACAUCGCCGUUCAGUAG